GCAAAAGCGCCUCUUCCGUCCGGAGAAAAUGGCAAAGGUUUCUGAACACAAAAUCAGCGAAGGUCAAUGAGAAUACGGAGACCCGAAUCGGAAAAAUCUUUCCAUAAUCGUCUCCUUUGUGUGGGUACAAAGAGAAGCCAACAAAACUCGAGCUCACUAAUCUGAUUUUCUUUAAUCCCAGGGAGAAAAUGGGGAAAACAAUAAGGUGGCUGAAGGGCUUGUUUGGCAUGAAGAAAGACAGGGAAAAGAGUUCUCAGCAUCCCGCAAACCCUCCCGUGCAGGAUUCUUCAUGGUUGAGAGCUUACAUGGAUGAGUCAGAGAAAGAACAGAAUAGACAUGCGGUUGCUGUGGCGGCAGCCACCGCGGCUGCCGCAGAUGCGGCUGUGGCAGCCGCUCAGGCCGCUGUUGCGGUGGUCAGGCUUACCAGCCAAGGGAGAGGGACUGUGUUCAAUGUAGGGAGGGAGAAAUUUGCUGCCCUCAAAAUUCAAUCUGUUUUCAGGGGCUAUUUAGCCAGAAAAGCUCUGAGAGCUCUGAAGGGACUAGUGAAAAUACAGGCCCUGGUAAGGGGUUAUCUUGUUAGAAAAAGAGCAGCUGCCACUCUUCAUAGUAUGCAAGCUCUCAUCCGAGCCCAAUCCGCUGCCCGUUCUCAAAGAGCCCGUCGUUCAAUGACCAUUGACGCCCGAUUCCAGCCCGAAACGCACGCCAGGAAGUCCAUUGAGAGGUUUGAUGAGUGCAGAAGUGCCUUCCACAGCAAGAGGCUUUCAGCGUCUUCAUAUGACACCACAAUCAACUCUGGAUUCGACGAGAGCCCCAAGAUCGUGGAGAUCGACACGUUCAAGCUGAAAUCGAAGACCCGCAACGCAUGCAUGUCCGAAUGCGGGGACCACCACCACCAUUACUACCACCACGCGCCCUCGUGUCCCGGUCCCGGAAGGCUGUCCAUCCCGGAUUUCGACUGGAGUUUUCUCGGCGAAGAUUUGGCGGGAAAGUUCCACACUGCCCAAAACACCCCUCGGGCAGGGGGCACGAGAAAUGCGCCUCCCACCCCGCCCAAGAGCGUGUGCGGGGACCACUUCCCGAGCUACAUGGCGAACACGCAGUCGUUCCGGGCGAAGCUGAGGUCACAGAGCGCCCCGAGGCAGAGGCCGGAGGGCGCGGCGGGCCCCAGAAAGAAGAGGAUAUCACUGAAUGACAUCAUGGCAUCAAGGAGUAGCUUUACUGGUGUUAGGAUGCAAACCCAAACCCCUUGUUGUUCUAAAGCCAGAGAAGAAUAUCACUAUUGAUGUUAAUUUUUUAUUUUAUCUAUUUAAAAAAAAACACUUCACUUUUAGUUUUAACAAUGUUUUGCAUGAAGUCUUUACAUCUACUAGUAUCACACCCGUGCGUUGCACGAGUCAUUUUUAUGUUAUUAGAUUCAAAUCAUUUUUUAAUGAUAAAAAUGAGAUGCAAUAAAAUAUAGAGAUUAUA